AUGAGGGGCUCCUUCCGCCCGCCCGGCGGGCGCUACAAGGAGCGGCGGCGGCGCCCGCCGGUCGACGGGCCCCCGCGCUCGGUGAAGGAGCGCCUCGACCGGCGCUACGACCCGCGCUGCGACAAUCUCGGGGACUGGGCCGCCGCGGGCGGCGCCGUCGCGCGCCCCCACACGACCGCCGGCGUGUCCGUGCAGCGGUCGCUGCGGCUCGGCGCGCAGAAGUUUUCGAGGGUGAAGCGGAGCGCGGCGCUCGCGGCGCUCGCGCGCGCCGAGGACCGAGCACGGUUGAUCGAGGCCGAAGCGCGGUCGCCGCCGCCAAAGACGUACCGCGCGCCCCGGACGACGACGCGCCCCGCGACCGUGGCCUUCACGCGGCAACUCAAGCCCGUCGCGCGCGCGGCGACGCCGAAGGACGGCACGAGGCCCGCCUCGAAGGCGUCCGAGCGGCCCUCGACGGCGCCGGAGCCGGGCCAGGACGUCGAGAACGACGCCGACGAGGAGGCCGCCUUUUCGAAACACGCGCGGGACCGCUGGGACGCCGUCGCCGCUGAGGCCGCGCCGGCGCCGGAGGGCUGGCCGAGCAACUGGCCGCGCCUCGGGGGCGAGGGCUGGGCGGCCUUCCCGGGCGGCGCCUCCACCGUCGACGAGCGCUACGACGGCCGCGCGGGCUUCUACCGACUGCUCAAGGAGUGCCGCGAGGCGGGCGACGCCGCGGCCUUCCGGGCGCUCGCGGCGUGGACGUCCGGCAGCGCCAAGUACCGGGACCUCGUCGCGGCGGCCGAGCGCGCGGGCACGGGACCCGUUCCCAUCCUGGCCCUGCGGCUCGCGGACGCCGAGGCCCCGCCCGCCGUCGUCGAGGCCGCGCUCGAGGCGUGCCACGCGCUCGCGCCCCACGACGACGUUUUGAAUGCCUUGGCGAAGGCUCACGUGCCGAAGCGGGCCUGCGCCGCUAUAACCAGAGCGGCGGACGCGGGCGAGGAGCGGAUCCUGCGGCACGGGUGCCUAGUCCUGGAGAUGUGUGUGAGGACGGACGGCGCGUCCCAUAAUUUCGGGGAGCUCUUCGCGGCCGCGUCGCGCGCGCUCGAGGCGGCCACGGGGGCGAGCGUCGAGGCCGCGUGCGCGCUCGUCGCCGCGCUGGCUUCGAACGCGGACGAGAACCAGUUGACGAAGAUGCUGCCCAUCGUACCAAUGCUCGAGCGCGUCGCCCAGUCCGGCAGCAAGGAGAAGAUCUACGAACGGCAGGCCGCGAACUCGGCGCUCCAAAAGUUGGAGUUCGCCGCGUGCCCGACCGUCGAGGAGCUCAUGGCGGCGCCGCCGACGGACGACGAGGACCCCGCGGAGGUGGAGCGGAAGCGGAUCGAGGCGGAGCGCGACGCGACGGAGACGAAGUUCCUCGAGACGCCCGGCGCCGCGCACGCGCGGGCCCUCGUCAAGGCCUGCGACCUCGGCGGGCCCGGGAAGGCCCAGCUCACGCUCCAGGAGGUCGAGCUGGCGCGGUCGAACGCGGCCUACGGCGAUUUCGUGAAGUGGCUCCUCCGGGACCGCGCGCGCGAAUUCAAGCGGAGGGCCGUCGAGAUGGCACUUGGUAUUACUGAGCUGACGGCGGCGUUCGCGGACUUCCAGGCGUUGAUGCGGGCGGCGCGGUUGGCGCGCGAGGAGGCGGUCCAGGAGGUCGCGCGGCGGCGGGACGCGGCGGUCGACGAGGCGCGCGAGGCGGAACUAGAAAGGAAGCGGCUCCGGAAGGAGCGCGCCGAGAAGCGCGAGGCGGCGCUGCGAAAAAUCAGCCCCGCCGAGUGGGCCGCGCGCGCGGUCCUGAAGGACGCGGACGACUCAGGCAACGGCGAGGUCUCGAAGAACGAGCUCGAGUCCUGCCUCGCGCGCCGCUCAAAGUUCCGCGCGUUCGUCACGUGGCUCCUGCGCGACUUCCGGGGCCGGACCAUCGAUUUGACCGGGCUCACGCAGCAGGUGCGCGUCUACCUGCGCGAGGUCCACGACGACGACGCGCUGACCGCCGUCGCGCGGCGGCCGGACAAUACGUACCCCAGCGUGACCCCCCGAGCCGCGCGCGUGAGCCACGACGACUCGAGCCUCGACGGGUCAAUACGUAUAGAAAUAAGCUCUAGGUGAAUUUACCGCCGUCGUCGUCGGCCUCCUCGGCGAGGUAGAGCCGCCGCGUCUCCUCGAGCGACUUCUCCAGCGCGACCGCCGUGACGUCGUCGGCGCCGCCGUCGCGCGCCGCCUCGAGGCACUCCCACAAGAUGUCCUCGGCCUCGGCGAUGACCGAGUCCGAGCAGGCGUGGCCCCGCUCGACGAGCGCGUGCGCGAGCUUCGCGCCGCAGCUCAGGGUCGUCGCGUGCGCGUCGCCGAGGGCCCGGCGCAGGCGCGGCCAGAGCUGCUUCAGGACGGCGCGCUGCUCGUCGGUCUCGCCCGCGUCGCCGAGGGCGUUCGCGAGGCCCCGCGCGGCCUCGAGCGACAUGCGGGAGAGGGGCCCCUCCCGCUUCUGGACCGCGGCGACGACGCGCCGCCGCAGCCUCAGCGCCUCGGCGUAGUUGCCCAGCUGCGUGUGGCACCGCGCCAGGUUCGCCUCGAUCUGGGGCGUGUGGUUCGGGAAGUGGACGCGCCCGACCGCGAGCUCGUCCUCGCGCACGGGCAGGCACUCGCGGUGCAGCCCCAUCGCGCCGAGCGCGUCGCCCAGGUUGUUCAUGGCGAAGACGCGGUGCAGGUCCGUCGGGUGGAGGCCGUUGUAGACGCGCCACGCCUCGCGCGCGACCGCGAGGCGGCCGACGCCGCGGAAGUCGUCGCCGCACGCGCGGCACGCAAACCAGGGCUGGAACCGCUCGCUCCGCGCGCCGUCGCGCGCCGCGACCGUCGCCGCGUAGGCCGCGAGGCACUCGAGGUGGAAGAAGCCCGCGCCGGCCUCGCAGCCGUCGCACGCCCGGAGCAGCUGGCCGCCCUUGCCGCAGAAGCCGCACGCCGCCGUCGCGGCCUCGGCCACGUACGUCGCCACGGCCCGCUCGCGCGCCGCGUUCGCCUGGGCGUUGGCGACGUACUGGUCGAGCCCGAUCCGUCUCACGUCGUCGCAGCGGUCGCGGUGGCCGCCCGACUUCCAGUGCCGCCGCUGGCACCGCGCGCCGCAGUAGGCCAGCCGGCAGUUGCCGCAGUGCGCCUUCGCCUCCGGCGCGCCGCACGCCGCGCAGAUCGUCCGCGGCCGCGGCGCGCGCGCGAGGAUGAGGUCCGUGACGUCGACGCGGCGCGCGGCGACCGAGGGCCGCGGUGCGGCUCGUGCGGCUUGUGCUGCUUGCGCUUGUGCCGUGACGUCCGCCGUAACGCAACGGGGCGACGACUGGCGCGCGUCGCUUUUGGCACCGGUGGUGUCAUGAGUUUUGGCGGGACCAGCUGGGGAGCUGGGUUUUGCGGUCUUGCUCGGUUUUUUUUUCGUUUCUGCACACAUGCUGCUCGAAAUCUCUAUGGAAAGAGCAGAGACGCGGCUCGAAAGGCUGUGGAUGCACUACUUGGCGUUGACUAAAAAGAGAGCGAGCUUUGAGGUAC